AUGCCGUUUGACACAGCCAUCCGCUCUGCCCUGCAAAAGGACUCGCCAGCCUUUGGGUUCUGGCUCUGUCUUAACAGUGCUUCUGCAGCAAAAACUUUUCUUCGCUCCGGAGCACAGAGCCCGACUGGAGGCUUCAGCUGGGUCUUGGUCGAUGCAGAGCAUGGAUUGAUCACGGAUAGAGAUUAUUACGAGCUCAACAAUGCCAUUGCAUCGGAAGGGGCCAGCCCCAUUAUUCGCGUCCCCUGGGGGGAAGAAUGGAUGAUCAAGCGCGCUUUGGACGCGGGCGCCCAUGGAGUUAUGACACCCAUGUGCCACUCAGAGGAAGAUGCCGCUAGAAUCGUGAAAUAUUCCAAGUAUCCCCCUCGCGGAACCCGGGGCUAUGGACCAAUGUUCGCCCCCCACGCCAUGCCCGGCGUCGCGGCCGGCGAGCAACACGAUGCCCAUGCGGAUGACUCUUUGAUUGUGGCGGUUCAGAUCGAGUCCAGGCCGGGUGUUGAAAACGUGGAGAAGAUUGCAGCUGUGGAUGGGCUCGAUGUUCUCUUGAUCGGUCCCUUUGACCUUGCCAAGCAACUGGGAGUUACUCGUGGCGGUGACGAGCAUGAAGCUGCCAUUCAGCGAAUCUUGAAGGCGGCCAAGUCGGCCGGCAAGACGGCCGCUAUCUUCUGCACCGAUGGAAAUGACGCCCGGAAUCGCAUCGCACAAGGAUUCAAUAUGGUUUCUAUUAUCACAGACGUCGGAGUUCUGGCCGAGGGCAUGAGCCGUCAGCUUGCAUUCGCGGCUGGCACUGCUCAGGGAGGAGAAAAGAGAGACGGCUACUAG